AUGUCCACUACAACAAAGACAGGGACGGUGAAAUGGUACGAGGACGCUAAAGGUUUCGGCUUCAUCACUCCAGACGAUGGAUCGAAAGAUGUCUUCGUGCAUUUUAGAGACAUCCAGGGUAAUGGUUUCAAAAGUCUGGCAGAAGGCCAAAAGGUUGAAUACACAUUUAUCGAGGGAACGAAAGGACCGCAGGCACAGAAUGUUGUCCCUAAGUAG